CUGGCUUGCUGCAGUCUUUUCUACAGACGCUGAGAAAAAGAUGUCCUGUAAGAUUAAGAUUGAUUGGUCUGAGUACGGAAGGGGGUCUCCCACUUGUUAAUGACCCAGAAACAUUCCUGCCGACUUUCCUGAGCCUUCUCUCAUCUCUUCCAUUUUUCUCUUCCUCUGUUCUAUUCAUGAGCUGGCACAUCACUACUUAAAACAGAAGAUAUGCUGGGCUUCUGAUGAUGGCUGCACUGCAUGCAGCAGCGUGCAGGGUCGAGAACAGCCGGCCCCCCAUGUCAGUGGUCUAGGAUGGCCAGUGAGGGCGCCAGCAUCCCAAGUCCUGUGGUGCGCCAGAUCGACAAGCAGUUUCUGAUCUGCAGUAUAUGUCUGGAACGGUACAAGAACCCCAAGGUCCUGCCCUGUCUCCAUACGUUCUGUGAGAGGUGCCUGCAGAACUAUAUUCCUGCCCACAGCUUAACCCUCUCCUGUCCGGUGUGUCGCCAGACCUCCAUCCUGCCUGAGAAAGGGGUGGCCGCACUCCAGAACAACUUCUUCAUCACAAACCUCAUGGAUGUGCUGCAGCGAACGCCAGGCAGCAACGUUGAGGAGUCUUCCAUCCUGGAGACGGUCACUGCUGUGGCCGCAGGAAAGCCUCUCUCAUGCCCAAAUCACGAUGGGAAUGUGAUGGAAUUUUACUGCCAGUCCUGUGAGACCGCCAUGUGUCGGGAGUGCACCGAGGGGGAGCACGCAGAGCACCCCACUGUCCCACUCAAGGAUGUGGUAGAGCAGCACAAGGCCUCGCUCCAGGUCCAGCUGGAUGCCGUCAACAAAAGGCUCCCAGAAAUAGAUUCCGCUCUUCAGUUCAUCUCAGAAAUCAUUCAUCAGUUAACCAACCAAAAGGCCAGCAUCGUGGAUGACAUUCAUUCCACGUUCGACGAGCUGCAGAAGACUUUAAAUGUGCGCAAGAGUGUCCUGCUCAUGGAGCUGGAGGUCAACUACGGCCUCAAACACAAAGUGCUCCAGUCACAGCUGGAUACCCUGCUCCAGGGCCAGGAGAGCAUUAAGAGCUGCAGCAACUUCACAGCGCAGGCCCUCAACCACGGCACGGAGACCGAGGUGUUGCUGGUGAAGAAGCAGAUGAGCGAGAAGCUCAACGAACUGGCCGACCAAGACUUUCCCCUCCACCCCCGCGAGAACGACCAGCUGGAUUUCAUUGUGGAAACCGAGGGGCUCAAGAAGUCCAUCCAUAACCUGGGAACCAUCCUCACCACCAACGCCGUAGCCUCAGAGACAGUGGCCACAGGCGAGGGGCUUCGGCAGACCAUAAUCGGGCAGCCCAUGUCCGUUACUAUAACAACGAAGGACAAAGACGGAGAGCUGUGCAAGACCGGCAACGCGUACCUCACAGCGGAGCUGAGCACCCCCGACGGCAGCGUGGCUGACGGCGAGAUCCUGGACAACAAGAACGGCACCUACGAGUUCCUGUACACCGUGCAGAAGGAGGGGGACUUCACCCUGUCCCUCAGGCUCUACGACCAGCACAUCCGCGGUAGCCCGUUUAAGCUGAAGGUCAUCCGCUCUGCCGAUGUGUCCCCCACCACCGAGGGUGUGAAGCGACGCGUCAAGUCCCCUGGGAGCGGCCACGUCAAGCAGAAGGCUGUGAAACGACCGGCGAGCAUGUACAGCACCGGGAAGCGAAAAGAGAACCCCAUCGAGGACGACCUGAUCUUUCGAGUGGGUACCAAAGGAAGAAACAAAGGAGAGUUUACAAAUCUUCAGGGGGUAGCCGCAUCUACAAGUGGAAAGAUAUUAAUUGCAGACAGUAACAACCAAUGUGUACAGAUAUUUUCCAAUGAUGGCCAAUUCAAAAGUCGUUUCGGCAUCCGAGGGCGCUCCCCUGGGCAGCUGCAGAGGCCCACUGGGGUGGCCGUGCAUCCCAGUGGGGACAUUAUCAUUGCAGAUUAUGAUAACAAAUGGGUUAGCAUCUUUUCUUCAGAUGGGAAGUUUAAGACAAAAAUUGGAUCCGGAAAGUUGAUGGGGCCCAAAGGAGUGUCUGUGGACCGCAAUGGGCACAUUAUUGUGGUGGACAACAAGGCGUGCUGUGUGUUCAUCUUCCAGCCAAAUGGGAAAAUAGUCACCAGGUUUGGUAGCCGAGGAAAUGGGGACAGGCAAUUUGCAGGUCCCCAUUUUGCAGCUGUAAAUAGCAAUAAUGAGAUUAUUGUUACAGAUUUCCAUAAUCAUUCUGUCAAGGUAUUUAAUCAGGAAGGAGAAUUCAUGUUGAAGUUUGGCUCAAAUGGAGAAGGAAAUGGGCAGUUUAAUGCACCCACAGGUGUAGCAGUGGAUUCGAAUGGAAACAUCAUUGUGGCCGACUGGGGAAACAGCAGGAUCCAGGUUUUUGAUGGGAGCGGAUCAUUUUUGUCCUACAUUAACACAUCUGCUGACCCACUCUAUGGCCCCCAAGGUCUGGCCCUAACUUCAGAUGGCCAUGUUGUGGUUGCAGACUCUGGAAAUCACUGUUUCAAGGUCUAUCGGUACUUACAGUAGCAGCAGAUACCCCUUACAGAGGUCUUGCACUAUAAACUGGAAUGGAGUUCUCGACGUGGGACCAGACUAUGAUUAUCUUCAUACCAGGAAGAAUCUUUGAUGAACUUUCCAAGGCUAUUUCUGAAUGUAACAAUUUCCUUAAAAACUGCUUAUCCAAUUUCCAUAAUUCACUUUUAGGAUUUAAAAAGAAUAUCUUCUACUGAAUCUAUACAAACUGCAAUGUUUUACACCUGUGAACUAUGGCUUAUAGGACAGGGAUUUAUGUAGUUAAACUAAUUUUGCAAAUCGAACCUUAAAAACAACUAGGAUAUGUAAAGAUAUUUGUUAACUUCUGAAUGGUAGCCUUUGCACAGAGCUUCCAAGAACAAAACUUGUAGCUAUGUAUUUUAUUUACUCUAGGUCAUAGGACCUGGGGAAUCUUCUAACCUCACUUUUACAGUAGGUUUUACUCUUGUGACUUUUGUUGUUGUUGUUGUUGUUGUUAUCAACAACUACAUAUGAAUUACUUUAGAAAAAUUACAAGGCUUUCUUGCAAAAGUCCUUCCAGCUCUGACUCAUGGGCCCCUUGAGUUGAGCACUCCAGAAUCAAUGCAAAUUUCCCAAUCUUUCUGGGUUUGAUCAGAGAUCCUUUUUGUGCAUUUUCUUUACCUUCUCUCCUGCCCACCUUGCAUCAGAAAACAGAGUGUGUAUUCAGGAAAACCUGAAAUUCCUGAUGCUUUGGAAGGCAUAUGGCAGAAGCAAGGGGACCUUUUGGUCAUCAACUCCAGGUCAAUGUACUGGAAUGUAAACAAGAAAAAGUUAUGUUUCAUGUGCCAUGUUGUCGCGUGUGUCUUUCCUCUUCCACUUCAUGAAAGCGAAAGCUUUACCUCCUGCAAAAUGUCAGCACAUGUAGUAGGACACCAGGAUCCUAGGACAGAGAGCCAUAAGCAGCCCUUUGGAGGACAGAUGGUGUUAACCAAAGGCAUGUGAUUGAUUCAUGAUUUCCCCUUAGAGAGCAAGUGUUACCAAAGUUCUGUUGAGCAUUACAGGUAAGGGCAUGUUACGGUUAUUUAUCAUUGUUUAAUGAAUAGUAGAGGCAUUAAGGGACUAUGUAUACAUGAUAAGGGUAAGAUAGAAUGUAUUAUA